CCCAAAUCAGAUAGGCCUGGCCCUGCAAGCCUUUCAUAAGGCUUUGAAAACCUGGCUUGUCUCCCAGGUCUUGGGCCCGGUUUUUAGAUGAGCUCAUUCUUUAAAGAUUAAGAUAAUAAUUGUGAUUGGCUUAUUGGUGUUAUGUUUUGCAAUUUGCCUUCUGGGCUUUCAUUGUGGCUUUCAUUUGUUUACUUGUUUGUAACUCAUUGUUAGGCAUCCAGAGUUGGAAUUACUAGUUGGGUGGCAAUAUAAACUGGGAAGUGUAUGGAAAUUCUUUGUCCUUUGCAUUUUGUCUCCAUGUUACAAUCCAGAUAGUAAAGUAAAUGUGUCCCAAAAUGGAGAUGUUUUGUUCUUCUUCUAUUGACUUGAACAUGUCAAUCCUUUGAGACUAGUAGAAGGGGGAAGCUUAAGCUGGUAUGGUUUAUAUUACAGUAGUUCUUGUUGUCAGAGAAAUCACAUACCAUAAAUGAUUUCUGACUUUCCCAUCCUCUUCAAUCCUCAAAGUACUAAUAAUGGGAAAAGCAGGACUGUGCUCAGUGUCUUUUGAAUAAAUGCCCUGUUUUAUCAAGAUGUUCAUAUCUAUAUCACUAUAUCUGAAUGAGAUACUUAAGGUUAUAGAAAUAAAGAGAGGGGUGUCAACCAGGAGAUCAAUAAACUCAUUGAGAGCAUGGCAAACAGAAGACCAACCUGCCUUCUUUCAUUAGCCAACGAAGAACCGUGCCUGUUUUUACUUUUGUGUUCUUUUCUUAUUCCUUUUGCUUUUUCUUUUAACCUGUUAGAUAUCGUCCUGGGCUGGGACUGUUUUAUAUUUUAAAGAUAAAGGGUUCCUUGUCUCAAUAUUAGAACAGUUGCUUUAUGUGUAGAAGAUCCCAGACAGGCAAAUAUUGAAAGAAACAUUGUUGUAUUGUGCCACAAGAUCCCUGGCUUUCAUGACCCAUAAGCAAAUGGGUCUUGUAUUGAACAACACUGAAUUUGUAAUUCCGCCCUUCCUUGCCCCUCCCCCCCCCAUGUCCUCAUUACCCCAUCCUAGCAGAUUAGCCAGAGACUUUUUCAGGUAGCCUGGGAUACUGUUUAAGUAGAUGAGGUACUGCAUAGCCCUCUCAACAAUGGGAAGCAUUUCCAAUUAUUCAGGCUUGAGAAGGACUUUGAGCUACUCAGGUGACAACUUCCAGUUCUUUCACAUGCUCAUUGAACAGCUUGUUGAACUACUUUGCAGGCAAGAGAAGACUAAUUGACUGACUGACCUGACUGACUGACUGAACAGGGAUGGAGAUUGAUAAAGCAGCUGGACGCUUCCUACCUGUGUCCUGAACUACCAUGAUAUCAUGGCAAGAUUUCGCAGGAGAACAUGCAUCGUUUUGUUGCUUUUUAUUUUAUUUAUUUGCUCUAUAAUGAUGGCGCUGAAAACUCUGAGACCAGAAAGAGUUGGGUUUGGAGAUCCAUUUGGUCUUGGCCUGUUACCAGAUUUUCAGCAACAGACAACACAUUUAAAAAAGAAGAUCAGUCUGCAUAAAGGAGCAAAAGAAGACAGUUUCCCAAGAACCAAAAGUGUUCAUCCUCUACCGAUGAAUCUCAAAACACCUGCAACUUCUAUAAGAAAAAUGGAAGAGCUACCUCCUCCAAAUUAUAACUUCCAUGUAUUUUACUACAGCUGGUAUGGGACUCCACAGUUUGAUGGAAAAUAUAUUCACUGGGACCACCCAUUAUUGACACACUGGGAUCCAAAAAUUGCAAGUGGUUAUCCAAAAGGCAGACACAGUCCUCCAGAAGAUAUUGGCUCAAGCUUCUACCCAGAACUUGGACCUUAUAGCUCUAGGGACCCAUCUGUCAUAGAAGCUCACAUGAAGCAAAUGAGAUCAGCAUCCAUUGGGGUUUUGGCUCUUUCCUGGUACCCUCCUGUUAUGGCUGAUGAAAAUGGAGAGCCCACUGAUGGGCUUGUGCCUAUAAUUUUGGAUAUUGCACACAAGUAUAAAUUAAAGGUCACUUUCCAUAUUGAGCCAUAUAAAGACAGAGAUGAUCGUAGCAUGUACAGCAAUGUCAAGUAUAUUAUAGACAAAUAUGGAGACCAUCCAGCUUUUUACAGACAUAAAGUCAGUACAGGUAGAACGCUUCCCAUGUUCUAUGUUUAUGAUUCUUACAUCACAAUCCCAGAAAUGUGGGCAAACCUGCUCACAGUAUCAGGAUCUCAUAGUAUACGUAAUACACCCUAUGACAGCUUAUUCUUUGCCCUUCUUGUAGAAGAAAAACAUAAACACGAAAUUCAUCGAAGUGGCUUUGAUGGAAUUUACACCUAUUUUGCCACAAAUGGCUUCUCUUAUGGUUCAAGCCAUCAUAAUUGGCCCAGUUUAAAAGCUUUCUGUGACAUAAAAAACUUAAUGUUUAUUCCAAGUGUGGGCCCAGGCUACAUAGAUACGAGCAUCCGACCUUGGAACAAUCACAACACACGCAAUCGUGUCAACGGGAAAUAUUACGAGACAGCAUUCAGUGCUGCGCUUCUAGUAAGACCUGAAAUCAUUUCCAUCACCUCUUUUAAUGAAUGGCACGAAGGGACUCAGAUUGAAAAGGCCAUUCCUAAAAAGACAGAUGUGACAACUUAUCUGGAUUAUCAGCCGCAUAAACCAAAUAUUUAUCUGGAGCUUACUCACAAGUGGUCUGAAAAAUAUAGCAAAGAAAAGGACCAGUGGCUUACAUGAGUUGCCAUUGUGGUUGAGAAUUCGACAAUGAAUCUAUGACUGAUAGAUUGAGAAGAUGUUGUGAGGAAGUGGUCUGACUAUUUCUACAGCUUUGUUAUAGAAAGUUUUCACUUUAAGGAACAAAGGUAACAACAAGCAAUACUGUCCCUUCAGUUACUUUAUUAUAUGAAGACUAUGUUGGCUAUGCUUAAUAUUGUAUAUAUUGUUCUGUACUACAAAUACUGUUUCCAGAGUAUUUGAGUGAUAGUACAAAUAGACUGUUAAAAGAGCUAAAUUCAAAAUUGGCUGCAAUUAAAAUAGUUAUAUAAGAUAUCUGCAUGCAGCUGAUUUUUUUCCCCCAUUUGGGGGGGAGGAAAACCACUCUCAAAGCAAAACAAGUUUAGAACCCAUUUCAAAUACAAUUUGAAAAGCUGUAGUUGAGAAAUAACUUCAAGCAAAGGUAAUACUCACAACUAGUCCUUUCUCAGAAAAUCUCUUGGAUCAGAAGCUUGGAACAACUAUGUACAAAGAUAUUUAUCCAAGUCUAUUGAAGAUUAAUGUAUAUAUGAUGCAUGUUACUGUAAAAAGAAGAAUUUCUCUGGGAACUUUUUAGUUCAAGAACCACUUAAAAUUAGUGCUAUGUAAGAGCACAGUAUUGUGGUCCUGUUCAGAUCUUGUUUAAUCACCAUGUGAAUAGCUGGAAUUGGUAAUAAAUUCCCUGUUAUUAUAUUUAGUGUGCUUUUCAUGAAAAACCUUUUAUUUGCCUUUACUUUAUUAAAAUUAGGGAGGGAAGUAAAAAUUUCAUAAUAUUUCUAGACAGUAAUAGUUUCAAUUUAGUUAUUUCUAAGAGGUGGUAAAUUUCCACCCACUUUUUUAUGCAAAUCACUUCAAAUAAAAUUAUGAAACAAUCCUAAUUCUCUUCCUCCCCCCCCCCCCCCCCCCCCAAAAAAAAAGGUUGAAGGAAGGAAUUAAAACAGUUACCAACUAAAAUUGAAAUACUAGGAAAUUUAAAGUGUCAUUCAAUUUAUUCAUAGAAUAGUCUGACCUGGAAAAAGGACUUUUAACGGGAAGGGCUGUUC